CAGGCUUACCAGCUCCUCUGCCAGAUCUCCCAAUCCCCCUUUAUAACUAGUAUUGUCACAACCCUCCCUCAUCUCCAUUACAAAACCCUCCACUAUUCUAUUAACCCAUCCACCUCCCAUUAUCAUCCAACCUUAGAUCUUUCCCAACCAUUCCUUUGACCCGAAAGACGAGAGAAGGAGAACAUCCGGUUUAGCAGGACUUAUCAUCUCAGUCUCCAUCGGCGUCGGAUAAGUUGCAGCGGCGGCGGAGGCUGCUUCAAGAAUGCAAAUGAAGCUUCUGCUAUGAUAUGAAAGGAAAGUGAUAAUUAAAAAGAACAACACUUGAUAAAAAAAAAAGGAGUGGGGCCAGUGAUAGUCCAAAGCAUUAAUUAAGGGCCACCUAGGGCCUCCAUCUACUUGGGUGGAAUAAUCAAGUUGAAGUUCAGGUGUGAGUAUAGGCUAAUGGGAUUCCUUGAUCUACUCCUUGUGGCACUGAUUCCGGUUAUAAAAGUGCUUUUCAUUACCGGAGUUGGCUUGUUUCUUGCUUUAGAUCGUGUCAAUCUGUUGGGACCAGACGCCAGAAACCAUUUGAACAAAAUCGUGUUCUAUGUGUUUGGCCCUGCACUUGUGGCAACCAACUUGGCUCAAACCACAACCUAUGAAAGCUUAGUGACAUUGUGGUUCAUGCCGGUGAAUAUUUUGCUCACAUUCAUGAUUGGGUCAGCACUUGCUUGGCUUCUUAUAAAAAUCACUAGAACUCCUAAACACCUCCAAGGCAUGGUCAUCGGUUGUUGUUCUGCUGGGAAUUUGGGAAAUUUGCCACUCAUUAUAGUUCCAUCAGUCUGUGAGGAAUCAAAUAAUCCAUUUGGAGAAUCAUCCACUUGUUUUUCAAAUGCCCAGGCCUAUGCUUCACUGUCUAUGGCGACAGGAGCCAUCUUUAUAUGGUCAUAUGUGUAUGGCAUUAUGCGUUCAUACGCAAACAACUACAAGGAAGCUGGGUUAACCAUCAACAUCAACUCUUCUCAAAAGAAUUCCAACUCGGAAUCAGAUUUGGAAACUUGCCGAGAACCUUUACUACCAUCAAAGGAUUGGGUUGCUGCUUCAGAUGAAUAUUCAGUACAACAACAGCCUCACGGCAAUUUUGAAACACAAGAAAAGAGUUCAGCUUUGAGGAAGAGAUUUCAAUGCAUAACUAUGACCAUGAAGAAGAUUAACCUGAAGGAAGUGUUUGCACCAUCAGCAAUUGCAGGAAUGGUUGGAUUUUUCAUCGGGACAGUCUCACCAAUCCGACAAACACUAAUUGGUGCCGAUGCUCCUCUUCGUGUUAUCGAGAAUUCUAUAAAUUUGCUUGGGGACCCAACAGUUGCAUGUAUGACCUUGCUGGUGGGAGCAAAUCUUCUAAAAGGUUUAACAAGAUCAGAUAUUCGUCCUUCAAUCAUUAUAGGGAUAAUAGCUGUGAGGAACGUAUUCAUGCCUCUCUUGGGCAUUGGCGUUGUUAAAGCUGCACAGCAUUUGGGCUUGGUUGGAACAGACGCCUUGUUCCAGUUUGUUCUAAUGCUUCAGUAUGCCCUUCCGCCUGCCAUGGCUGUAGGCACAAUGACACAGCUAUUUCAGAUGGGUCAAAGUGAAAGUUCAAUAAUAAUGCUAUGGACAUAUGUUGUAGCAGCAUUCUCCCUCACCCUUUGGUCAACGGUUUUCAUGUGGCUCUUAUUUUGAUUUGGGAUUGGAAAUUGGUUCACAUAUACAUUCUCGAUUGACGCAUUUAAUAUUUUACUCUCUUCCUACCAUCUCCUAUAGAUAGAUUUAUUUUGAAAUGGAGUAUUUAUCAAA